AUGCCGUAUUGCGAUGGAGUAAAUAUGAGUAGUACAGAUAUUAUAUAUUAUCAAAAAAUUUUUGCUCAAAAAACUUGGGCUUGGUGGCUUAAUCUUAUUGGAACAUUCGUUGUAUUUGUAAUUAGUUUUUGUGGAAAUUUACUAUGUCUUUUUGUACUAUGCCGGCAACGUUUAAAACGAAAUUCUUAUACUCAAUAUUUAAUUGCAUUAGCUAUUGUCGAUACUGGAGCUAUCCUAUGUGAAGCUCUUACUGCCCUCGAUGACGUAUAUCAUUACAAUAGUGAUGGUAAACUAGCACUUUUUCAACAUACUGCUCUCUCAUGUAAAUUAUAUUAUUAUAUUCGAUAUGUAUUUUAUUCUAUGAGCUCAUGGGUGACUGUUGCUUUAGCUGUUGAACGUUUAGUAGCAAUUAAAUUUCCAUUAUGGUCAAAAUAUAUUUGUAGUGUUAUAAAUGCACGUCGAAUAUUAUUUCUUAUACUUAUAUUUACAAUGAUUAUUCAAUCAUAUCAUUUUGUUGUUAAAGGUCUUGAUUGUAAAACAACAGCAUCAAGUGUAUCAAAACAAAGUUGUCGUUGUAAAACAUUAGUUAAAUAUGUUGAAGUUGAUAUUAUUUUAACAAUUUAUCUUUGGCGUUUAUGUUUAAUGACAUUAUUACCUUUAACAAUUAUUAUAACUGUAAAUAUUCUUAUAAUGAGUAAAUUAUUCAGUGGAAAUUCUUUAGUUGAUAGUGCAAAUACAUUAGGUAAUGCACGACGUAAAACACUAUUAUUAUAUAAAAUAUCUCGUAUGUUAGUUAUUGUUUCAUCAAUAUAUCUUUUAUUACAUGUACCAGGUUCAAGUUUUGAAAUAAUUAAAUUUAUGUUUCUACAUACAUUUCAAGUAUGUAAUGGUAAAUGGCAUUAUUAUAUAUUUGUAAUACAUGAUAUAUUUGAUUUAUUAACAAAUUUUAAUUAUGGAAUUAAUUUUUAUUUAUAUAUUAUUAGUGGUAAACAUAUACGAAGUGAAUUAUUUCGUACAAUUAAACAUUCAACAUUUCGUUCAACAUUGACAGGAAAUACUGGGAAAUUUCAACGAUCAAGUUAUUUUAUGUCUUCUUAUGCACAUAAUUCCAAAACUUAUCAACCAAAUUGUUCACAUAUACAGUUAUCAAAACAACCUACUGGUUCAUCGAUUUAA